CUUAAAAGGGCUUUUGCCUGUUAUGUGUUCCACUCUAUUUGUUAGAAAGGAUACUUUCAGUAAUGCCUAUUGGCUAGCUGGUUAUAGUGGUAACAGAAAUCUAAGAGGUUAUGUGUUCCACUCUAUUUGUUAGAAAGGAUACUUUCAGUAAUGCCUAUUGGCUAGCUGGUUAUAGUGGUAACAGAAAUCUAAGAGUCAAAUAGUUGUUAAUUUUUGUGGUUAGGAAUGUGUUACCUACAAACCCUCUAUGAGCUGACUAUGAGUUCUUUUCUCCUUGAUAUGCUCAGUAUCUCCUCCUCCCCCCAACCCCCCCCCCCCCAAAAAAAAAAAAGAAUCUGGAUCAAGUAAGGUGUUGAUGUGAAGAAUGUCAUCAUUACUAUUUCUUCAGACAAAGGUCUUUGUGGAGGAACCAAUUCUACAUCUGUCAAGACAAGACGAAAUAUUCAAAAUUAAAAUUCCGAUCCUGAGAAGGAAAACAAAUACUACGUAUGUAUUUGGGAGAGAAGGCAAAGGCUCAGCUGUUGCGAGAUUCUAAGAAAGAUAUUGAAUUGGUUGUGUCUGAGUUGCAAAAGAACCCUCCCAACUAUACACAGCAAAACCAUGGAACCAAAGAAGAGCUUCCUAUGAACACUACGGAAAAUGGCAUUGCUGCAUUGCCAUCUUAUUAUAGGGCUCAUAGGUUCUGCUUUUCACAACUAUCCACAAUGCAACCUAUUUUUCCUAGUAGGUUAAUUGCAACCAUGGCAACCUUAGGGCAUACUAUUUCCCGAGAUGCUUCAAGUCCUGACUGUCAAGCAACUCCACGUAUCAAAUAUAAGAGGCUCGAUAAGACAGCAAAACACAUAAUGCAGCCUUGGCGUUGCAGAUUUUGGACAAAGAAGCAGGUUAAGAAGUGAAGACUCAAAGAGAGAUACCUAAUAUAAGUCCUGGCUAUACUUUGCAGCUCAAAGUGGAAGUACCCGAAAAUAAGAGGCGUCUUUCAAAAAUCAAAGGAACAGUAAUAGCGAGGCGCAAUGCUGGUUUGAAUAAUACAUUCAGAUUAAGGAAACUGCUGAUACUUGUAGUGCAUGUGGGCAUGUGGUAUUGACGCUGAAAAAUUGUUUCCAGGUGGCGGCAAAAAAAAUUUGUUGGAGUGUUUAUUUGUGGCCUUUGAGGCUUUGAGAGGAGG